AUGGCCGCCUCCGUCGAUACCAUCCAACCUCAUCAUCUCCCACCGCUUCUAUCCCCAUCCUCGACUCCUCCACCGUCAACAUGCGCCGACGAACAGACCACAAAACUCCCCACGAUCCCCUCGGACGAGGACCAUUCUUCCGAGGAAGGCUCCAGCGGGAGCAUGCGUCGCAUUCACUCCAGCUCAUCCUCCAUCUCCGAACCAGCCGUCGAAGAUGACCAGGAUGAGCAACAGCAAAAUGAUCAAUCCCAACAGCAGACGGACGAUGCGCAAAAGGAUACGGAUCUCGAAACGGCUGUUCCCUCUGGAAGGGCCAGUCGUAGCAGCACGAUAAGCAAUACGACAAACCCAAAUGUCCGCCGCCUAUCCGCAACAGAAAUGCAACGCCUCACAAAUUCUCCAGAGUCUCUGCCUGUCGCCCCCGCUCCUCAGCGGAGGUCAAUAGAUCAAGACUCCAUCUCUCAUCUUCUCGAACAGCGCGACGCUUUAAGACAGUCAACGAUGCGUGUUGACUGCCAACAACCCCUCGAGGCGUUCCCCUCGCUGCAGCCCAACAGUGUCGCUGUGGAGGCUCGAUCAGCGGGAAGCGUUGGCCUCGGACUCUGGGAUCUUCACGUUCCACGACGACCGUCUCCUGGGGCGCGCACUCUGUCCACUCCUCCUACGAGUCGUGUGCACGCAAGCGAUUCCGGAAGAUCUUCGCCGCGAAGAUACUCUUCCUUCAAUUCCGCUGGUCGACCCACGUCUCUUAAUCUCAAUCUUGAUGGUGCAGUUGCAGGUGCAGGUGUGACAUCUCCUAUAAGCAUCAAUCGGCCGACACCUGCAACAGCCAUCCCCGUCCAAACUGAUGGCCUACGGCCACCGUCGCCGAUUCCGCCUAUUAUUCCUCUACCUCCCAUGUCACUGCCUACACACCUACAGCUUGAACUAGCAGCUCAGCGACCUAGUCCGUUGUACAUCCACCAAUCUCAUGCAUACGACAUCCCCUACGAGUCCAAUGCUGCCAAGUUCGAGCGUCUCAAGAACGUACUUCUUCUCCCGCCGUUUCUCGAGCGUACACUCAACUUUGGCGCUAUGGCAUGUCUUGAUGCCUGGCUAUACAACUUUACCAUUCUUCCCAUGCGUUUCACCCUCGCUCUUGGUGUGCUGGUUCGUUGGUGGGGGUACAUGGUUCUUAAGGAGAUCCGAUGGCUCGUCGACUAUGUCUGGUACGGUCUAGGUAGACUUUGGAAACGUGUACGAACUUCGCAGCCUACUACUAAAGAGGAGGCCGUUGAUCAUGUAAGAUCACGCAGCGAGAGUCGUCCGCGAGGUCGUUCGAGCGAUGAGAAGAAACAUGAUUUCAAACCGCAUGCAAAUGCUCAUUUCCAGCCCUUACCGUCUCGAUCCCAACCGAGAUCUAGAGCGUUUCGUCACAGGAGGACCAAGUCCAUGCCUUCGAACUUGUCAGCCUUCCACAAAGCUGAUCUGCUUCAAGGCGCAGUUAUCAUCUGCAGUUCUCUGGCCCUCAUGACGCUUGACGCAAGCCGAAUGUACCACUUCAUUCGAGCUCAGUCCGCUAUUAAGCUUUACGUUAUCUACAACAUCCUCGAAGUCGGCGACCGUCUUCUCUCCGCCCUCGGUCAGGAUAUUCUCGAAUGUCUUUUCAGCACCGAAACACUCUCCCGUAACGCCUCUGGUCGAUCAAAGGUGUUGCUUCCAUUGGGCAUGUUCAUGCUGGCGUUAGCGUAUUGCUGUCUCCAUUCGAUAGCAUUAUACUACCAGGUUAUUACGCUCAACGUCGCUGUCAACUCGUACUCCAACGCCCUCUUGACUCUCCUUCUUUCCAACCAAUUCGUUGAGAUCAAGAGCACUGUCUUUAAACGCUUCGAAAAGGACAAUCUCUUCCAGCUAACCUGUGCCGACAUCGUUGAGCGGUUUCAGCUUUGGAUCAUGCUUCUCAUUAUUGGUAUGCGAAAUGUCGUUGAGGUUGGUGGACUGAGUGUCCCUGGCGCUGGCUCCGAAUCAUCCUUUGACGACUCCUCUGUGCCGCUGCACAAUCCAUCUAUUCUUCCUCACAGCUUCACGGUUCUUCCAUCCUGGCUCAUGUCGGGUGAAGUCCUGUCUCCGUUCCUGAUUGUCAUUGGAAGCGAAAUGCUUGUCGACUCUAUCAAACAUGCCUACGUUACAAAGUUCAACAAUAUUAAGCCAGCAUUCUACAGCCGUAUUCUCGACAUCCUUUGCAAAGACUACUACACAAACGCAUUUAUGACACCUUCUCUCACCAAACGGCUAGGUCUAGCAGUCAUACCGCUCUCAUGCCUUUUUAUCCGUGCAUCGAUCCAAACCUACCACAUGCUUCUUUCGACUCACCUUCCGAUGCCGAUGCCCAUCCCCGAAUCAACACAGACAUCCCUUACUUCCGAAUCCGCAACGCCUUCAUCUCCCGCCAUAGUUGCAGCUCUCAACCACUUCGACUCUCUGAUUCGCGACUCUCUCGGCCGCGCAACGUACGGCUACCCCUACGGUUCACCGCUCAACUCACGCCCCUGGUACUCCUGGACAUCGGACGAUGUUAUCGCCGCCGUCACCAUGGUGGUUGUCUUUUUCAUCGCUUUCCUCGUUCUUCUCAUUCUGAAGCUCCUGCUUGGUAUGCUCCUACUCAAAUACUCGCGCAAUCGCUACGCGGAUAUGAAGCGCAAGGAGCAUCAGGGUCGUGCGUCAGAGUCCUUCGACACACCGGGUGCUCGUCGAAUUGGCGGAUUCGGACAGGUCGAAGUCGGCGAGGAGAGGCAGAGGUGGGUACACGCUGAUAAGAACGAAGGACUCAAGGGUGGAAAGGGGCCAGGGAAGAGAGUUGAGAAGACGACGGAGAAGACCAAGAAGGAUGACUUUGAAAAGGUCUCAAGGUAUGAGAUGGUUGCGAAAAGGAUCUGGUGA